CUUUUGCCAUUCUAUAACCAAGUUGGCGGACACGCCUCACUCUUUCGCUUCUCCAAACGAGCGAUCUGCAAACCAGUGUCGAAAAAAGAACAAGAGAUCUACGAGCAUUUCGAUGCAAACCACCCUCAGUUGUUACCCUUUGUGUCCCACUACUUGGGCGUACUCAAUCAGUUUAUCCUUAUUGAGGAUCUCACAGAUGGUGUAAGACAUCCGUGUGUAUUGGAUCUCAAGAUGGGCACUCGCCAGUACGGUGUUUAUGCCACACAGUCCAAAAAAGAGAGUCAGACGAGAAAAUGUGCACGAUCGACAAGUCGUGAGUUGGGUGUUCGUGUGUGUGGAAUGCAGGCAAGUUUCUAUCAUGUCAUAUAUAUAUAUAUAUCUUUAGACAAAUACUAUGGACGUAACCUGAAUCCACACACGUUUUGUGAUUCGCUUUGUUCUUUCCUGGACAAUGGUCAGGGAUGUCAGAUCCACCAUAUACCUAUACUUGUUCGCAAACUCCAUGUGCUCUCGAGAGUGAUUCGGUCCCUAGAAGGCUAUCGAUUCUAUGCGUCUUCUCUGCUGAUCAUCUAUGACGGGGACAGCCAGAGCCAGCGCAAGAUCGAUGUACGGAUCAUUGAUUUUGCUCGAUGCUUGACUUCUCUGGACCAACAAACCAAUCGCAAGGAUUUCAAGUAUCCGCCAGCAAAUGGUGGGGCUGGUCCUGAUGUAGGAUAUCUGUUGGGUCUACAGACCUUGAUUAAAUGCUUUAAACACAUCUACCGA